AAAUCUGAAGCCUAGUUCUUUCAACGGUCACCAAGCUCCCUCCCAUGGCUUCACCUCAUCUCCUUCCCAAAUCCCUCUCUUCCUUCCUCCCCUCUCACCCUCCAAUCCCACCAACCCACCUCCCAAACUCCCUCUUUACCCCACCCCGCAAACCUCCCCAUCCAAAUAGGCUUACCUUCGCCACCUUCGCCAAGAAGAAGAACCCGUGGCUCGACCCCUUCGACGACGGCGAGGACCCAGGCGCAGAGUACACCUCCCUCUUCGCUGAUGGCAAGCAGGAAGAGGACCCGAGGCCACCCGACGACCCCGGAAACCCAUAUGGCUUCCUCAAGUUCCCAGCUGGGUUCAACGUGGAGCUCGCCUCCCUCGCCUCCAAGGUGCGGGGGGAUGUCCGGAGGUGCUGCUGCGUCAUCUCAGGAGGGGUUUAUGAGAACCUCCUCUUCUUCCCCGCCAUCCAACUUAUCAAGGAUCGGUACCCGGGCGUCCUGAUCGAUGUCGUCGCAUCGCCGAGGGGGAAGCAGACCUACGAGUUGAACAAGAAUGUGAGAUUGGCCAAUGCUUAUGAUCCUGACGUUGAUUUCCCCGAGCCAGACGAGUACGCCGACAUGAUCGGCAUGCUUAAGAAUAGGUAUUAUGAUCUGAUUUUAUCGACGAAGCUUGCGGGGCUCGGUCAUGCGGCAUUUUUGUUCUUGACAUCAGCUCGAGACAAAGUAAGCUAUGUCUAUCCUAAUGUGAAUGCAGCUGGUGCAGGAUUGCUUCUAACAGAGACAUUCACCUCACCAGGGAUGAACCUCUCGGAGGGUGGAUAUAACAUGUACCAUCAGAUGGAGGAAUGGUUGGGGAGACCAGCUCGUAACAUCCCAAGGCAUCCUGUGCCUCCACUGAGGGUUUCGGUUUCGAAGAAGCUCAAGGCUUAUGUAGAAGAAAGAUAUAAAAAGGCUGGUGUGGAGAAAGGGAAAUAUAUAGUUAUCCAUGGAAUAGAGACUGAUUCUGUGGCUUCAAUGCAAUCAAGGGGGGACAAAGAUAGUUUGCUACCUCUCCAACUGUGGUCUGAAAUAGUGAAGGAGAUAAGGGGUGUGGAGCCUCUUUUUGUAAUCCCACAUGAAAAAGUGAGGGAAGAUGUAGAGGAAACGGUAGGAGAAGAUUCAAACAUUUUAUUCAUCACCACACCAGGCCAGCUGGCAGCUGUCAUCAAUGACUCGGUCGGAGUAGUAGCCACAAACACAGCAGCAAUCCCACUCGCAAAUGCUCGUGAUAAGCCAAGCAUUGCAUUGUUUUCUUCUAAAGAGAAGGGGAAACUUUUUGUUCCCAAUGCAGAAGAAAAGAGAUGCCAAAUUAUAUCAUCAAAAACAGGAAAGCUCAUUGACAUUGAUGUUGAGGCUGUAAAGAAUUCAGUGCAAAUGUUUGAAGGAUCUCCUGUGUUUGCUUAGAGAAGGAUGGUUCUACUGCGCUUCAUUUUUGAUGAAUCUGUAGAUAGUAUAUUUCAGUGCAGCUAUCUGAAAUACAAAUUGUUAAUUAAGAUAGAUGAUGUUAGAAUUCGAGGCUUCAAGCUCUAUCUACCACCAUCUUUAUGCUAAAUCUUCAUUUAUGAUGUUUGAAAAAUUUGUAUCACAUUGUUCCCAACUAUCUCAAUAUAUCUAGUGCUCCAAUGACUUCACAAGCA